GGCGGGGGGCCUCCCGGCGUUCCCACCCGCGGUGCCCCCUAAAGCGGGACGGCGCCUGGCCCUCCGCAGUGCCAAGCCCCCGGCUGCGGAAACGUCGGCCCCCUCCGGCCCCGGACUCUGCCCGCCCUCCGGGCCGAUGUGCGGAGCCGGCGCCUGCCCCGGGCUCCCUCGCGCCCCGCACGCGGCUUCCCUGCAGGCGCGCGGCCGAGCGCGGGGGCUGGUGGCCCUGCGCUGUGCGCCGCCCUGGGCGCGGUGGGCCGGCGAGCGGCGCCCUGGCCCCCGCUGCCCGCUGCCCGCCGCGCGCCGGUUCCGCGCCCGCUCGCCGGGCUGGCCGCCACGCUGUCGCCGGGCAUGCCCGGUGGUCCCCGCGAAGGACCGCUGUCCCGCGAGAAGCCGGGCUCAGAGCCCGUGUCCUUGACCCACGGAUGGCUUCCCGCUUCCCUUCAUCCCUCAACUCCGGGGUCCACUGCCUCUAAGCGUCUCGCGACCGUCGCGUCUGAAAGCACCUGCAGCGGUGACCGCACAUGGUGGAGUGGAAGGGCGUCCCUGAGAAACGGCCCGAGCGUGGCUUCCGACGGUGGGACCCACCGCUGGAUGAGGGGGCGGGCGCGAGACCAGUGCUCACUUCCCGUCUUCACGGCUGAGAGAAGCCUGGAGCCGUUACCUGGGCAGUGGGCUUGCAGUUCCAUCCCAGGGACCACGACAGGCCCAGCCCGUCUCUGUGCGCCAGGCCACGGAGUGAGGCCAUCCCGUCCAUCUCUUGACUCUCCUCGGGUACAAAGUUGUUGGGAGGUGAGCGUGUGUGGCCAGGAAGAUGGGUUUUGGUUUGACUUCUUUCAAACACUCGUUUUCUUCGACCCUUUGACCAUUUGAUGCAGGGCGACAGUGCGCCCCGCUAACAGACUGUACUUCCCGGCUGCUGUGGAUGGAAGAUGUGGUCAUGUACUCUAUAAGAUAAAGGCUUCAGCCGUGUGACACUCCAGGAGCUCCGAAAUGCACCAUGUUGGGUGCACCCUUGUGCCCACCCUCCCUGCUGCCUGGAGCCUGACUGAUGGGCCGGGCUGCGGCCGUCAUGCGCACUUUACGGACAUGUUGAGAACAGAGGCCGGACCCUGGGAUGUUGGACUUCGAAGCCUGGGUCCCUGGUGAUGGUGGAGCCAUGAAAUAAACGAGUUUCUUCACGUUCAGGUGGAGAUCAUGAAGGAACUGAAGUGAGCCUCCACCACUGUGGUGCGCUGAAGAGCUCAGGCCCCCUGUGUCAGACUGAACCAGGAGGCUAGACUGGUGGGACUCCAAAAUCUGGGAGCUGGCGCACCUAAGCCAAGACACAGCCCUGUCAGUGCCUCAGGGUUACGGUUCCGAAAUGGAAACGUCAGAACAACCAAUCACAAAUGGUCAACCAGGCUUUCAGCUGGAGCCAAUUAACAUACUUCCUUUGAUUCUGCAUUUUCCCUAUGAAAGUCUCUCCGGGAGUUCCUGCCCCUCCCCCACCAACCAUUUCCAGUUCAGUACUGCUCCAUUGGAGUCAACUUUAGCUCAAAUAAACUGAAAAAUCUUA